CUCUCGGUCACCCAUUCUCAAUGAAGCUUCCUGAGAGAAAGCAUUGUGUCCGAGCAUCUUUAUUGAUUUCUCCCUUUUCAUGGUGUAACAUAAAAAUAGUGAAGCAUGUAUUUUAAGCUGGAAUUAUUUUAGUUUGCCUUGAGGGUGUUGGAGGGAUGCGUUUACGUGUUUGCAUACAAGUUUCUAUGUUCACUUAUGAAUUACCGCGCUUGAACACUAGAUGCGCUAUUGUGGCAUCUGCACCAUAGGAGGCACCAACGAAGAAGUUCCCUUCCAUAACAAAACGUCGCAUCCGCUGACUGCUGGAAAUAAACAACAUACUUUAGGCUACAGAAGGUGCGAGGUCAGGCCUGCUGUCUUCUGUGACCGUGCCGCCAUGUUGCGAUCAGUGACAAUGUCACUAUGUCUCCACUGUCAGUGGACCCGAUACCACGCCUCUCACAGGCCCUUUUCAGCCCAGGGGCCCACAGUGGAAAACCAGGUGGCUGUAGAAGCCCUCAACGACCUCUCAGUGGACAUCCAGAAGAUCCGCCGGCUAAAGGGCUGGGUCCUGCGCCAGAGCUCUGCCUACGUGAGUGAGACGGCCAGCCUGCUUAGGGACAUGGGUGCCAAGGGGCCUGUGAUCGCCCGUAUCCUGGAGCUCCAUCCUGAGGCAAUCCUCUGCAGCCCGGAGCUGCAGCAGGCCCAGAGGAAGCUCUGGAAGUCCGUCUGUCCCGGAGAUGCAGACCUGGUGGGCAUUAUCGAGAGGUUCCCCGCCUCCUUCUUUACCUCACCCUGCCACCACGCUAACCAGAGGGCCAACAUUGACUUCUUCCAGAGUCUACAACUCAACAAGCGCAUAGUCACCAAGCUGAUGGCCAGCGCCCCGCAGAGUUUCAGUGGCCCUGUGGAGCAGAAUGAAGAGAUGGUCCGCACACUGCAACAGGCCUACCUGGAGCUGGGGGGUGAUGCCACUAAUAUGCAAAUAUGGCUGCAAAAACUAAUCAGCCAGAAUCCCUUUGUUCUCCUCAAGCCUCCAAAGGUCCUUAGGGACAACCUGUUGUUCCUCAGAGACCAGGGCUUCACUACAGCUGAGCUCCUCCGCCUCCUCUCCAAGCUAAAGGGCUUUGUGAUCGAGCUCAGUCCAGAUAGCAUGCACAAAACCCUGGCCUACUCGCAGGAGACCCUGGGCUGCUCCGAAGUUGAACUCCGGGACUUGGUCCUCAACUGCCCAGCUUUGCUCUACUACCCUGAGGCUGUAUUGGCUGAACGCUUUAAUGGCCUCCUCAGUGCUGGAGCCACUAUGGCUCAGAUUAUAGAGACUCCAACAGUUCUGGAGCUGACUCCACAGAUAGUGAGUUACCGGAUCCAGAGACUGCGGUCGUAUGGCUACGAUGUACGGACAGGCAGCCUAAUGGCCCUUAACGGUACAAAGAAAGACUUUGAAAUUAGUUCUGAUAAAUUACACUUACGGAGGGAAAGACCACUCUUUAACCCAGUUGCCCCAAUAAGGGGUGACAGUUGAUCUUGAUUUAACGGUUUAAAAUACGGUCAUUGUGAACAAUCUUACCAUUGGGAAUAUUGUUGGGUCACGGUUUUGCUUAAGUAUGUAUUGAAAUAAUGAGGUUAGAAGACAAGCUUGCCAAGAAAGUAGUCCUGCGCCACAAACACCUUUUCUAUAGUCUAGUCUGUGUUAAUCAAGUGUUUCCUUGAAAUGUAAUUGUAACAUAAUCGUGUUUGGAUAUUAUGAUGCAGUGAUUUGAUGUGUAUGGGAAAUGUCCAUAAUGUGUUUAACUAAUUUAAUCAGAACCUCCAAAUAAUUAACUAUACAGUAUGGCAGUCCCCUUAGAGGCCAAGUCAUUUGUGCUGAUAUGUAAGUAUAUGCCCUGUAGUGGAGUUGCAGUACGUUUUUCUUUGAGUGUCGAUUGUUAUUAAAAAAUGUUUGCUGUG